AUGUCCUCCCAAGAGGCGCGAAUAAAUAAAGGCAUCAAUGGCCUAGUUCAGAAAUUGCUUGUGGCUAUACCUGGCGAAGAUCCCGAUGCGACUCACGAGAGGAGAAAUAACGCGGUGGAAUUCGCAAGAGAAUUACUUGAGAGCAAUGCGAGGGAGCCGGCGAUUGUUGCAGAUGUAAACCAGGCCUCGGACUUAAUUAAAAAACGACUUAUACAAACAAAUCCAAGCCCUGAGAAAGCACUUCGCUUUACGAACUUAUACAGCAGACUUCUUUCGAUCCCAGCGAUCAAUCAGAAAUGGGCCGUGUUAUACUUCUUAUACCAGCUUGGGGGUGACCAACCGAGGACGACCCCAGUCCUGACGAGUCCAUUCAAAAGCCCGGUGAAGAACCCCCGAGAAUCAAGAAAUCCCGAAUUUCGGGCGCCUAGGUCACCUGGAUAUGGAUCUCAGGUAGAUGGCCGCCCAUUUGAAGAGGCUUUUGCUCCAGGUGGUCUCAAGAAGCUCCCAGCGCGAGAGGGUGGCCAGAGGGACAGAAAAGAGGAGGAGCAAACAUUUGCCAAAACACCAGCUUCGCAGCGUGAAGACCUGGCUCUGAAAACUGCUUUGUUAGCUGAGAACUAUGUUGAGAUCAACCCACCCGAAACUGCGCUUUUACGAGAUUUGCCAUUUACGCUGCAAGGCUUAUCUUCAACAAACCUACCGUUCUCUUCCAGUGCGACCUUGAAGUUACCACCAAGCUUACCUGUACCUAUCAUAUCAAUUCUCCAUACCUUGGCAGAGCCGUCAUUAUUGUACAGGGGACUUUCGGAAUUUGUGAAGACUGCGGACGGUGGACUUCUUGGACAAAGUUUGCGUGCUGCCAUAUCCGGUGAACUUCGUUCAUACCUUGGCUUGGUAGCGACUCUAGAAGGACAGAUCCGUAGAGCAUUGUCUUCGCUAGAUGAAAACCAACCCCGUGGCGGAAUUGGAAAGGCUGGUGUGACUCUCAAACGAUGCGUAGUCUGGACCCGUGAAGCGACGAUGGGUCUCCGUUUGAUGAGUUUGAUUAGUGAAGAGUCGAAAAGCAAAAGAGGGGGCCAAUUAAUUUCCUUGAUCCAUGGGUUCUCCUCGUCACAUGGUGACCCAAUGGUUGGUGCAUUCGCAGAACGCUUACUGACACAUGUUACGCGCCCGUUCUACGACAUGCUACGACAAUGGAUUUACGACGGAGAGUUGUCAGAUCCUUACUAUGAAUUCUUUGUUUCUGAGCAGGAUCCCAAUGUGGUGAGUAAUGAAGCGCAAGAUGGUAGAAGUCGUGGAGCAGCUAGUAGUGUCUGGGAGGCCAAAUACAAGCUAGAUGAAGAUAUGGUUCCAAGCAUCAUUACGCAAGAUUUUGCUCAAAAGGUGUUUCUUAUUGGGAAGUCUUUAAACUUCAUUCGAUACGGAUGUGGUGAUUCUCAGUGGGUGGAAGAUUAUUCAAAGGGCGCCUCGAAAGAACUACGAUACGGCGAUACAGCUACAUUGGAAACAUGGAUUGACGAAGCCUAUAAGACGACCAUGGCUCGGCUUAUACAUCUAAUGUCCGAGAAAUUUCACUUGUUCGACCACCUGAAAGCUCUUAAAAACUACAUCCUUCUUGGUCAGGGAGACUUCAUUGCUCUACUGAUGGAGUCACUUUCCUCCAACCUCGAUCGGCCAGCAGGAGCGCAGUAUCGCCACACCCUUACCGCGCAGCUGGAACACGCCAUCAGAGGCUCGAAUGCACAAUACGAUUCCCCAGAAGUGCUUCGGAGACUUGACGCUAGAAUGCUUCAGUUGUCCCACGGAGACAUAGGUUGGGACUGCUUCACGUUGGAGUAUAAAAUCGAUGCCCCCGUUGAUGUGGUAGUGACAGAAUGGGGCAACCGACAAUAUCUGAAAGUCUUCAACUUCUUGUGGCGUAUCAAACGUGUAGAGUUCGCCAUAUCAACGACCUGGCGAAAAUGCAUGACGGGAGCUCGAGGUGUCCUCCAAGGGGAGGACGCAAACGUCGCACAGACCUGGAAGCUCACCAGAGGGGUAUUGGCUGAGAUGAUCCACUUUAUAGGUCAACUUCAGUAUUAUAUCCUCUUCGAAGUCAUCGAGUCCUCUUGGGAUGAAUUACAGACUGCCAUUCACAAAGAAGGCUGCACACUUGACGAUCUUAUCAAAGCACACACCAAGUACCUCAACGCCAUUACCCACAAAGGUCUCCUGGGCGCAAAGAAGAAGACAAGCAGUGGCGACGACGAUAACACAUUCAUGGUCCAACUCGGCGAAAUUCUUCGUCUAAUGCUUAGUUAUCGCGACGCAGUAGAUGGUCUAUACAGCUGGUCAGUAUCGGACUUCACAGUCAGGCAAGGUAUUUCAGUUCGUGCCGAUCGUCAUGACGAUGACGACCUUUCUACCAACGCAACGUCCCGUCGUGGCGAGUCUAGUCUGCCGGAAUCUAUACUGGCAAGUGAUGAUUCUAUAACUGAUGAGUUUCCGGUUCUACAAGAACGACUUCAAUCGUUAGGUGGUCACUUCAAGCAGCGAGUCUGUAUCUUACUCGGUGACUUGGCAUACCAGCAAGAUGUGGAUAUGAGGUUUUUAGGUGUAGUCAUGAAUUUUAAUGAUGUUUACCAGCUCAGCAGACGAAAGGUUGCAAGGCCGGCGGGCAGAAGUGAGCAGAGUCGGACUUCGAAGGAUCCGAGCAGACCUUGA